CCCACAAGCCCCCGCGCCUUGUCCUCCCAGCCCUCAAGGCCGCCGUGUUGCUAGCGUCCCGUCUCCGGAAUCCCUGUCCGCCGCCACCGCCGCUGCUGCCAUGCUGCCCGCUGCACUGCUCCGCCGCCCAGGCCUGGGCUGCCUCGUACGCCAUGCUCGUGCGUACGCUGAGGCCGCCGCCGCCCCGGCCCCCGCCGCCGGCCCCGGCCAGAUGUCCUUCACCUUCGCCUCGCCUACUCAGGUGUUCUUCAACGAGGCUAACGUCCGGCAAGUGGAUGUACCUACACUGACUGGUGCCUUCGGCAUCUUGGCAUCCCAUGUGCCCACUCUGCAGGUCCUGCGACCCGGGCUGGUGGUGGUUCAUGCCGAAGAUGGCACCACCACUAAGUACUUUGUGAGCAGCGGCUCUGUCACGGUGAAUGCUGACUCCUCUGUGCAGUUACUGGCUGAAGAGGCUGUGACACUGGACAUGCUGGAUCUGGGGACAGCCAAGGCGAAUCUGGAGAAGGCACAGUCUGAGCUGUCUGGGGCUGCAGAUGAGGCUGCACGGGCAGAGAUCCAGAUACGCAUCGAGGCCAACGAGGCCCUGGUGAAGGCCCUGGAGUAGCUGGUGUAUGCCUAUCAGGAAAACAGGCCUAGGGCCCAGCAGGGUGUGUACCACACAGGUGGAACCAGCUCCCCCGGGGUCAAGACUAUUUAGGGGUGGCCUGGAAAAACCCAGGAGUUUCCUCCUCCAUGCAGCUUAGCGAAAAGGCCGCCAGGGGGCAGCACAGCGCCAGGUUCCAAAGACCUGGUGGGGCUCUCUUAAGGAUCUCUCAACCUGACGGGCUGUCCCAACCCCUGUCCCUGCCGAGCUGCCACCCAUACCUACAGCACCUAUGCCACCUGGCCAGAGGGCCUGCCCCAGCCUCACCCCCAAUUAAAGACCAGGAACUUGA